AUGGCCCACUACGGUAUUCAGGCGCACGUUGCCGCAAAGACGGCCUCGAAGCGAUCUCCCGGUCUGGAGAAGGCCGUUCUUGAAUGGGUCUUCUCGGUCAUUGAGGAGCCGCUGCCCGAGGGCGCCGGCUACGAGGAGACGCUCAAGGACGGCGUCGUCCUCUGCAAGCUGGUGAACAAGGUGAAGCCCGGCGCCAUUGACAAGAUCGCCACCAGCGGCAGCGGCUACCUGCUGAUGGAGAACAUCAACAAGUUCCUGAAGGUGGCGCAGGACCUGGGCGUCUCCCACGACAACCUCUUCCGCACGGUGGACCUCUUCGAGAAGAAGAACAUCCCCGAGGUGACGGCCGGCAUCAUCGCCCUCGCCCGUGUCAUCUGCGCCGACCCCAACUUCAAAGGACCUCAAAUUGAGAAGUGGGUCUUUGCCAACAACUAA